ACGAAGUCAAGCAACCGCACUCUAAUGGUUUAGCUGCUUUUUUUCUACUUUGGCUUUUGACUGUAGCUUUGAAUAUUUAAUUUUAUAAUGAGUAGCGAUUACUACGAGACGCUGGAAAUAAACAGAAACGCAACAGACGCAGAUAUCAAAAAGGCAUAUCGACGUCUUGCACUGAAGUUUCAUCCGAAAAGAAACAGACACCCUGGAAGCUCCCAGAAAUUCACUCAGCUGGGUGAAGCCUAUGAUGUUUUGAGCGACCCUCGAAAAAAGGCAACUUAUGACAAGUUUGGAGAGGAGGGUCUAAAAGGUGGUAUCCCACUUGAGUUUUCCAGCAAUGGAGCUUGGUCAUCAAAAUACGUCUACCAUGGAAAUCCUGACCAGACAUUCAAACAGUUUUUCGGAGGCGACAAUCCAUUUGCAGACUUCUACACAAAUGAUUUACCUCUUCAGUUUAGUGGCCUGCAACCAGAAGUGAUGAAAACGCAAGAUUCACCAAUUGAGAGAGAUCUUCAUUUGUCCCUGGAUGAUCUCUUCCGUGGAUGCACAAAAAAGAUUAAGAUAUCUCGCAGAGUUAUGAAUGACGAUGGAUGCACAUCUAGUAUAAAAGACAAGAUCCUGACUAUAGAUGUAAAGCCUGGAUGGACUGAAGGCACAAGAAUCACUUUCCCCAAAGAAGGAGAUCAGGGACCAAACAGCAUUCCUGCAGAUAUUGUGUUUAUAGUGCGACAGAAGACCCAUCCUCUGUUUGUAAGACGUAACAACGACCUCAUCUACAACAUCAAGAUUACUCUGCAGAUGGCUUUGACUGGCUUCUCUGUGGACGUGCAGACACUAGAUGGCAGGCUCCUCUCUGUUCCUAUCAAUGACAUUGUGCACCCUGCAUACAAGAAAGUCCUGAGUGGAGAGGGAAUGCCGCUGUCCAAGGAUCCAUCCCAGAGAGGAAACCUCACGCUUACUUUUGACAUUGAGUUCCCCAAGAAGCUUUCUACUGAGAGGAAGCAUCUGAUCAAGCAAGCUCUAUCACUUAAAGAUUAAUCAAAUUUCAAAUACAUGUGUUAUGUUCCUCAGACUAAUGAGUUUAUGUGGUUACAUGUCUGUCAGGAGAGGGCGACACUGACGUAAUCUUUAUUGGCAAAUCAUGAUGUUCUGUUUUUCUUUACACUUUGCAU